CCCUAUCUGGACCCCAGGCCUGGCUCAGCAUCUUCCCAAACCCCAGACAACACUGCAGUCAGCCUUCUGCCACCUCCACUAUGCUGGCCUCCGGGCUGCUGCUGGGGGCCCUAUUCCUUUGCCUCUCAGCCCUGAUGGUGCUCUCUGUGUGGAGACAGAGGAAGGUCUGCAGCAGACUCCCCCCUGGGCCCACCCCCCUGCCUUUCAUUGGCAACUACCUGCAGCUCAACACUGAGGAAAUGUUUGACUCCCUCAUGAAGAUUGGGGAAGAAUAUGGGCCUGUGUUCACAGUGCACCUGGGGCCCAGGACCUUCAUAGUCCUGACUGGGUAUGAAGCCAUUAAAGAGGCACUGGUUGAUCAAGCAGAGGAGUUCUCUGGUCGAGGGAAGCUCGCCACCUUCAGCUGGCUCAUUGAUGAAUUUGGUGUGGCCUUAAGUAAUGGGGAGAGGUCAAGGAAGCUCCGAAGAUUCUCCAUCACCACCCUCAGAGACUUUGGCAUGGGCAAGAGAGGCAUUGAGGAGCGCAUCCAAGAAGAAGCUGGCUUCCUUGUUGAGGCCAUCAGAGCCACAAAAGGGACCCCCAUUGAUCCCACCUUCAUGCUGCGCUGCACAGUCUCCAAUGUCAUCUGCUCCAUCAUCUUUGGUGAUCGCUUUGAAUAUGAGGACAAGCAGUUCCUGUCCAUGUUGCAAAUGAUAAAGGGGAGCUUACAGUUCACAGCCACAUCCCUGGGACAGUUAUAUGAGAUGUUCUCUGGAGUGAUGAAGUACCUGCCAGGGCCUCAGCAGCAAGCAUUUAAGGAGCUGAAAGGACUGGAGGCCUUCAUCACUGAGAAGGUCCAGGAGAACCAGGCCACCCUGGACCCUAACUCCCCCCGGAACUUCAUUGACUCCUUCCUGAUCAAGAUGCAGGAGGAAAAGGAAAAUCCCAACACAGAAUUCUUCAUGAAGAACCUAAUCAUGACCAUGCUCAACCUGUUUUUUGCUGGCACUGAGACUGUUGGCACAACCCUCUGCUAUGGCUUCCUUCUGCUAAUGAAGCAUCCAGAGGUAGAAGCCAAAAUCCAUGAGGAAAUUGAUCAGGUGAUUGGGCACAAUCGGUUACCCAAGUUUGAGGACAAAGCCAAGAUGCCAUACACAGAUGCUGUCAUCCAUGAGAUCCAGAGGUUUGGCAACAUAAACCCCAUAUCUCUGGUCCGGAGAGUCACCAAGGACACCAGAUUCCGGGGCUACCUUCUUCCCAAGGGCACAGAAGUUUAUCCUAUGCUGGGUUCAGUAAUGAGGGACCCCAACUUAUUUGCCUUCCCUGAAACUUUCAACCCCCAGCACUUCCUGGAUGAAAAAGGCCAGUUCAAAAAGUGUGAUGCCUUCAUCCCCUUCUCCAUUGGCAAAAGCUACUGUUUUGGUGAAGGCUUGGCCAGAAUGGAGCUCUUCCUCUCCCUCACCUCCAUGCUGCAGAACUUUCACAUCCAUCAUCCUCUCCUGAAAGAAGCCAUCGAUUUCUCCCCCACGAUGCUAUAUGAGAUGUUCUCUGAAGUGAUGAAGUACCUGCCAGGGCCUCAGCAGCAAGCAUUCAAGGAACUAAAAGGACUGGAGGCCUUUAUCACUGAGAAGGUCCAGGAAAACCAGACCACCCUGGAUCCUAACUCCCCCUGGAACUUCAUCAACUCCUUCCUGAUCAAGAUGCAAGAGAUUGGGGAAAAAUAUGGGCCUGUGUUCACAGUGCACCUGGGGUGCAGGAUCGUCGUAGUUCUGACUGGGUAUGAGGCCGUGAAGGAGGCACUGGUUGACCAAGCAGAGGAGUUCUCUGGUCGAGGGGAGCAGGCCAUCUUCAGCUGGAUAUGUGGUGAUUUUGGUGUAGCCUUCAGUAAUGGGGAGAGAUCACGGCAGCUCCGAAGAUUCUCCAUCACCACCCUCAGGGACUUUGGCAUGGGCAAGAAAGGCAUCGAGGAGCGCAUCCAAGAAGAAGCUGGCUUCCUUGUUGAGGCCAUCAGAGCCACAAAAGGGGCCCUGAUUGACCCCACCUUCAUGCUGACCUGCACAUUCGCCAAUGUCAUCUGCUCCAUCAUCUUUGGUGAUCGUUUUGAAUAUGAGGACAAGCAGCUCCUGUCCAUGUUGCAAAUGAUGAAGGGGAGCUUACAGUUCACAGCCACAUCCAUGGGACAGUUAUAUGAGAUGUUCUCUGGAGUGAUGAAGCACCUGCCAGGGCCUCAGCAGCAAGCAUUCAAGGAGCUGAAAGGACUGGAGGCCUUCAUCACUGAGAAGGUCCGGCAGAACCAGGCCACCCUGGACCCUAACUCCCCCCGGAACUUCAUUGACUCCUUCCUCAUCAAGAUGCAGGAGGAAAAGGAAAAUCCCAACACAGAAUUCUUCAUGAAGAACCUAAUCAUGACCACCUUGAACCUGUUUUUUGCUGGCACUGAGACUGUUGGUAGAACCCUUAGCUUUGGUUUCCUUCUGCUAAUGAAGCAUCCAGAGGUAGAAGCCAAAAUCCAUGAGGAAAUUGAUCAGGUGAUUGGGCGGAAUCGAUUACCCAAGUUUGAGGACAAAGCCAAGAUGCCAUACACAGAUGCCGUCAUCCAUGAGAUCCAGAGGUUUGGCAACUUAAACCCCACAGGUAUGGCCCGGAGAGUCACCAAGGACACCAGAUUCCGGGGCUACCUUCUUCCCAAGGGCACAGACAUUUAUCCCAUGCUGGGCUCAGUACUGAAUGACCCCAACUUCUUUACCUGUCCUGAAGCCUUCAAUCCCCAACACUUCCUGGAUGAAAAAGGCCAGUUCAAGAAGAAUGAUGCCUUCAUCCCCUUCUCCAUUGGCAAACGCCACUGUUUUGGUGAAGGCUUGGCGAAAAUGGAGCUCUUCCUCUCCCUCACCACCAUCCUGCAGAACUUUCACAUCCAGUCUCCUCUCCCAAAAGAAGCCAUUGAUAUCUCCCCCUUGAUGGUGGGCUUUGUCAAUAUCCCCCGCAGCUAUACCAUCUCAUUCCUGCCCCGAGGAUGAGGCUGAGCCCAGGUGGGCACAACUGAAGGAGGGGGGAAAUGGACAACCCCUGGAUGGGGUGGCAGUGGGUGUAUUAAUAAAGUCUGAGACCCAGUGA